AUGGAUGAGGCCCAGGGCUGCGGCGAGCUCAGGGACUCCUGCAGCUUCGCUUGCACCGCGGUGGCCUCGGCUUCGGUGUCCGGUCAAGUGUCGCUGCUCAGCGGGCGCUCCUGCCACGUGGCGUCCAAGUCGUCGUUGACGGCCGCGGAGGUGAUUUGCCAGGCGCAGCAGCGGCUGGAGGUGGGCAUUGCGGCGCUGGUCACGGUGGAGGGCCGGGAGCUGCGGGGGAGCCUGACGCUGCAGGAGGCGCGGGUGGAGGAUGGCGACGUUCUGCAGGCCAUGGUGCGAUUUCCAGAGAUCUGCUCCCAUCCCUACUCCCGGGCCUUUGCGUACCUUGGCGCCUCCGGCCAGGUGGCCACCUGGGGCGCGGCCAACUACGGGGGCGCCGGGGUGCAGCUCUGCGACGUGCGGCAGCUGCGGCACGCCGCCGCCUUCUUCCACGCCGGGGCCUUUGCGGCGCUGCGGUCCUGCGGGGACGUGAUCUGCUGGGGCGAGGCGUGCUGCGGUGGAGACGCUUCCCGGGUGGAGAAACAGCUCACGGACGUGGAGGCGCUACAAUCCACGUCCCACGCCUUCGCAGCGCUGCGGGCAGAUGGCCAGGUGCUGGCGUGGGGCGACCCGCAGCUGGACCGAUCCGUCGAGAUCUAUGAAACAAGUUAUGCAAAGCCAGCGCAAAGAGUAUUCUUUUGGAGGUAG